UGCUUCCUGGUUCUCCACGUGCUGCCAGCAGCGCUGGAGCUGCCCGAGCCGGAGCGGAGCCGCUGUUCUCAGCUGCAGCCAGGAUCUGCCCCCGGCCCCGCUGGGAUCCAGGCCAGAGAAUAACAUCCAUGUUUCGCUGCAGAUCAUCUCGUCCUCCCAGGGGCAAGGAAAUGGCUGCAAUGGAGCUGGCUCAGGGGCCGGUGACCUUCGAGGAGGUGGCUGUGUAUUUCUCCAGGGAAGAGGGGACUCUGCUGGACCCCACUCAGAGAGCCCUCUACAGAGAUGUCAUGCAGGGGAACUAUGAGACGAUGGUCUUGCUGGGUAAGGAUUCCUGUCCCUUCUGUUCUUGGAAGGGGAAAUGAAGAGUGAAGGUUCAUGCCACCCCCACAAUGCCAUCUGUACCCUGUCCUGUUUCAGCAUCACCCCAAUAGGCCAGUAACAUACAUACUACCAGAGACCCUCCUCUGCUGCAGAACACUUUGGGAACAGAGCACAGGA